CUGAUAGACGGCACUGACUGGCAUCACUGCUGGGCACUGACUGGCGGCACUGACUGGCACAACCCCUGGGCACUGACUGGUGGCACUGACUGGCAGCACUGCUGGGCUGCACUGGUGGGUGGCACUGAUGGGCAGCACUGGUGGGUGGGCACAGGUGGGUGGCACUGGUGGGUGGCACUGCUGGGCACAGGUAGGUGGCACUUCUGGGCACAGGUAGGUGGCACUGCAGAGUGGCACAGGUGGGUGCACUGCUGGGCACAGGUGGGUGCACUGCUGGGCACAGAUGGGUGAUCUGCUGGGCACAGGUGGGCGGAGCUGGUGAGCGCACUGCUGGGCACAGGUGGGCGGAACUUUCGGGUGGCACUGCUGGG